AGGAUGCAUUUCGGUUGAUUGAGACGCGCCAAGUUUGUUCCAUUUCAAGAUGGCGGCCACCAUGGACACAGCACAUGAAUCUGAUUUACAAUCGUUUCUCUCACUCCAUCUAUCUGUACCCAAGGUAUCAGUCGAUGAAAUAGCUAGCUCAAGCGAUGAAGCUGCUCAGUUUCUUGUUAAAGUCAAGGAUUAUGUUCAAGAACAAGCAAAGUUGCAAGCGAAAUGGCGAACUGACAUGACAGGUCUGCGACGUGCACGUGUAAACGCAGAACAACAAUUCAGCCAAAUAGAGAAACAGCUAAUAACAUGUAACACCAAGCUAGACACAGAAAUGAAGCAGCAUGUUCGGGCAAAGACAGAACUAGAAGAAACAAAGACUGCACUUAUUGAAAAGCAGAAACGAUUACAGGAAGUUGAAGGGAUAAAAGAAGAUGCAUUUACUAACUAUACCCGUGUCUCCAAAAUUAAUGAACAGCUUGAAGCUGAUAAGCUUGAGCUUCUCUCAACAUUGGAAAGAAAGAAUAAUGAAAUACAGAAUCUCAAUGUGGAAUGGAACACAAUGUCUGAGAAGCUGUCUGCAGCAAACAUAGCCAAGUGCAAAGCAGAGGCGGCAUUGGAUGACAUUGAAAGCCAAGGGACAUCUUUCAAGAUACGAGAGAAACGGAUGGAUCAAGAAAAAGUAUUACUGCAAAAACAGAAUGAAUCAUUGAGUGCAGAAUUGAAAGCAAAGACAGAGGAGCUGGCUACUAUAAGAAAAGAAAAGUCAGGACAAGUUCUACAGUUAAGGAGCCAAUUGGAAACAAGCAAUGAGGAGCUCAAAAGCUUGAAGGAAUUCCAAGAGGAUCUGAAGGCAACUAAUGGAGAAUUGGAGAAAAAAGUCAAAUCAUUUAUGGAAAGGCUGAGAGAGUCGCGUGACCAGCUUGCAAAAUCAGAAGAGCACUUUAAGAAUGAACUUGCCUCGCAGUCCAGACUUGCCGACCUGUACAAGGAUGAGUCAGAAGAAAGCAAAAAGAGGGCAAAGGAAAUGCAGACAGCCAUGGACGAACUUCAGAAACUAUUGAAGGAAGCAGUUGAUGCUCGUCUUGCAACAGAAGCAAGGAUUCAGGAGAUGGAAUUCUCACAUGUAGAGGUGGUCAAGGAUUUAGAGUCUAAAGUUCAUGCUCUAGAGACGGAGCUAAACAAUGCAAAUGACCUGUUGGAGGCUGCCCGUCAGAGAGGGGCCGCGCCCAUGUCGGAAGAAAUGCUGAGUACACUGUCACCGACUGCAGCUGCUACAAGCUCUUUGUUGAAAUCAGGAAUGACCCUAACAGAGAUAUAUUCUCAGUAUGUGGAAGUGUCUGAUGCUCUUCAGCGAGAGAAACUUGAAAAUACCCGCCUGAACAACUACAUGGAUCAAAUACUCAAGGAAAUUGAGGAGAAAGCCCCUCUGCUUCAGCAACAAAAAAUAGAUUAUGAGAGAGCUCUACACAGUGUUGAUGGGCUAACAAGGAGACUGGAUGCUGCUAGAAUGGAAAAUGAAAAGUUGUUGGUGAGUUCGGAAGAUGCACGCAAGAUGAGCAACCACCUCAGGAGAGAAAAUGAGCGACUCAAGACCAGCAUUACAGAUCUCAGUCAACAGGUCCAGGUGUUAUUGAAGGAAUGUGAGGAGGCUAGAGGAGGGUUGGUAAGCACCACAGAGGAAUCUGUUGCAGAGGUAUCAAGUUCGUCUCAAGUCAUCUCUAAACAUCUUGUGACCUUCAAAACCAUAGAAGAAUUACAGCAACAGAAUCAGAAGCUGCUGGCUGUUGUCCGUGAACUGAGUGAAGAGAAAGAGAAGAAAGAGAUGGAAGGCACAGAACACAAGCUAGCAGAACUUAAAUCACAGCUUGAGAUUUCACUAAAAGAGGUGGAGCACAUGAAAGAUGCAAGGGCAAGACAAAUGACCAUGGUUGAGUCUGUUGUUCGCCAGCGAGAUAUGUAUAGGGUUCUCCUUGCAAACACUGGGCAGUCACCAAUACCAUUAUCUGGCCUGGAUGACGCAUCACUCAUUCCAACCCCUAGUACUCCGGACAAGUCCAUGGCUGCAAUGGAGGAAACACGAGAAGCUCUCAAACAAAUGCAGAAGCAUUUUACUGAUUUCCGAGCUGAGAAAAAGCAGGAGGAAGCAAAUAUGAGGAGCAGAUAUGAAGAUCUUCAGUCAGAGAACACUCGUCUUUUGGGAGAGAAAGCAAUGCUGAAAUCCCAGCUGGAGUUUUCUGAAGAGAAGUAUAAAAUGCUACAAUCCAAUGCUGAGGGUUUCAAGAAAGAAGCAAAUGCAGCCAGCGACAAGGCACAUAAACUCAACCUGGCAAAUGCCAAGAUUCAAUUGACGAUAGAUGGUCUACAGCACAAUCUCAUUGAAGCCAAAGAGAAGCUUGUCAAAAUCGAGGAAACUUGUGAGACCCUGCAAGCUGAGAAGGACAUGCUGCGCAACUCUGAGAUGAUGCUGAUGCAGGAGAAUAAGACAUUGUUACAACAACACAAAGAUCAGUCUAGCUUGCUAGUCAAUCUACAGAGCCUACAGAACAAACUUGAAAGGUCAGAGUUUGAGACUCGUACCAGACUUGAAGGACAGGUUGAAGCGCUACAAAAGGAGUCUAACCUCGCCAAACGUCAACUGGAGAUGGAUAAUACACACCACAAGAAUCUUAUCAAAACCCUUGAGAACCGAGUCCAAGAGCUGCAAACUCAGAUUGACACAGAGAGCAGGAGUAACCAGCAGGCCCGGGAUAUGCUUGUGAGAAACACUAAGGAGAUGGAGAGACUUGAGUUCAAGAACACUGAAGUUAAAGCCCAGCUGGAGGCAGCUGAAAAAAGAGUUCAUGAACUACUUUCUAAAGAACCAAACAGUGACCAAGAUAUUGACAAAAUGAGAAAAGAAACUGAAGAAAAGUUCAAGACUGAUCUUCAAGAUACCGAGCUUAAGCUCAAAGAUGCAGAAGCUAAAAUCAAAGAUCUUGAGACACAGCUCGAACAGGCCAAGUUGCAUGCUGAGCAAUUCAAGUCCAUGUCAGGGGCGAAUGACGAAGCCCUUCGUGAAGUAAACAAGUCAACUGAAGAAUUCAAAUCAAACAUGGAGUCCCAAGUCAGGGCUGCCAAGGAGCAAGCGAGCUUCUUGCAAGGGCAAGUUCAAGGGCUUGAGAUCAACAACAGUAACCUUACCGUGGAGAACAGCAAAUUGAAGAGAGAGUCGGAAAGGCAGAUCAAGGAACUACAGGAGAUACUAGGGACAUUGAGGAAAGAGCUGGACGAGGCGCAUAACCAGGCUCGAUCUGCCUGUGCCAAUGAACUAGUGGCCAUGGAAGAGCUCAGAGAACAGACCAAGAUUGCUUCAGAGUGCCAGGAAAAGUAUGAACGUGAGUUGAUGCUCCAUGCCAAGGACGUCCAGGCCCUUUCAGACGCUAAGGAGGAGCUUGCUGGCCACAAUGACAGACUCACAGAAGCCGUUGACCGUGCAGUGUCCGCAGAACAGAAACUGCAGACUCUGCAGAACGCCGUGGAUGGGCAAAGAAAGGAGCACGAAAAAGCCAUAGAGAAGCUCCAGUCUCGAUGCGCGGAUCUGGUCGACCAGAACUCAAACCUUCACAAACAGCUAGAGAGGCUGGUUAACCAAAUGGCCUCAUCAAAGAAGACUUCUCUAAGCACUUCUGACAUGCCGGCUUCGAGUGCUGAUGACUCAAGUGAAGCCUCCAAGGGCAUAGAAGAUCUCUGGGAAAUCGUCAGAUUCUCAAGACGCGAGCUCGAGAUUGCUGAGACUAAGUGUGAGCUCGCUCAGACGGAAAGUCUACGCUACCAACAGAGGUCAGAAUUCCUGGAAAAACAGCUCAAGACGGCUCAAGCAAGUCUACAAGAAGAGGCAUCACAAGCUGACAUCGAUGCACAGUCGACGACACUUGAGCUCGCUGAAGCCAAUAAGAUACUUAAUGAUGAGAAACAGAAGCUUGAGCAGGAAAUGAAGGCUAUGGAAGGCAAAAUUAAGAAAAUGGAUGCAGAACUGCAAAGUGUCAAGGAUGCUAACCGUAACCUGACCAGUUCAAAGGACUCCAUGCUUGCCGAGAAAAAUGCUAUGAAAAGUGAGAUUAUGCGUUGGUCGACAAAGACGAACCAGCUGAUGGAACAGUACCGCAAUGUUGAUCCAGACGAGUACAAGCGCAUGACAGAAGAGAAAAAGCAGUUCCAACAGCAUGUAGCAAGCCUGAAGAGCGAGAGCCAGCGCAGUAAGACAUUGCUUGAGAAUGUCAGGAAUGAGCUGACAAAAACUAAGGCAGAAUUGACCAAAGUACAGGCUGAACUAUUGAAUGUGAAGAACGACCAGCAGAAAGCUCAAAGUCAAAUGGAAGCAAUCAAGUCGCAGAGCACAUCAGUAGAGGGUAAGAACCAAGCAGAGGUAGAUGCCCUUAAGAAAUCCCUCGAGGAGAAGACGGAAGAGAUGAAUGAAAAGAUCAAGACACUCAACCAGGUUAAGCGCAUUGCACGCCGUUACAAAACACAAUUUGAUGAGCAGAGCAAAGAAUUUAAUGAAGUAAAGAAGAAGCUGGAGGACCUUCGUAAGGCGCCCCCCACUCCUUCCCAGCCUGCCUCUGCCCCGGCUGAUACUGCUGGCCCAGCUGCCGAGGGCUCAGACGCCAGUCCGUACCAGACUAAGAUCAAGGAGCUGGAGGAGCAGGUGAAGUUACUGCAGAGUGAAGUUCAGGGACAUGAAGAGCAAGUCAGUACGCUCAAGAAGGCUGAGGAUCAGAGCAAGGCUCAAGUUAAGGAAAAGGAAGAAAAGAGCAAAAAGGUUCUAAUCCAGGCUAGAGAGAAAAUACAGCAGUUGACUGCACUAAAGGACAAACUAUCUGCCGAAAAUGAAGACCUGCGGAAAAUGGCAAAAGCUGCGAGUGAAGCCAAAGAGUCCCUGUCCCAGCGCAGUUCAGAGCUCGAGAUGAGGUUAUCAGUCCUGCAGUCACAGUACGAAAGUCGACUCGCCAAGAUAGAGAAAGAGCUUACCGAAGCCAAGGCGGAAAAGGAAAUGACAGAGAAGAGUAAAGCAGAAUUAGAAGAGCUACAACAGAAAGAAAAAGCGGAGAUGGAGCAACUUCAGCAGAAACUCCAACAGCAACAGAAGCAGAUCCAGCAGCAGAUCCAGCAGCAGCAAAUGAGGCUAACAUCACUCACCACAACAACUAGCAGCACAACACGACCUCAGGGGGACACUGCCGGGCCUGAUAAUAGCCAGCAACCGGAAAUUGCCGCUGUUAUUGCUACUCCAAUAUCUUCAGUUCCACCCACAGCAACCAUCAAACCGACGACUACUCCCACCUCUAUCAAACCAUCUGCCGCUAAAACUGCCAGCAUCCGCCCCAUGGCUAUUCCCCAACACAUCACCCCUACCGCCACAGUCCUCCCCACAGUGACCUCAACAGCUCAGGACACGCCCACCUCCACCACGGCUAUUGUACACCCCAGGGGUCAAGCCUAUGCUGUGUCUACUGUUGCUGCCAGCAGCCAGGUCUCUGUCCAGCCUGUCAUGUCAACACCAGAGAUCGUCGUGGGAGGUUCCAUUGAGACACUCACAGCUGAGGCAGAGUCAGAAGGAGGGGCCGGUGGACAAGACAGUCCGGCGGAGCAGGAAACUAUAACAGUUCCCUCUACAUCAUCUGGGAAACGGCAACGUGAGGAAGAACAAGAAAGUGAAAGGACGUCUACGCAAGUGCUGGAAAAGGAACCGACGUCCAAGAAAUUAAAAACCACUGAGGCGGUUGAGACAGAAGCUGGAGCAGAAGCAGGCCAGUGGGAAGUCCCUGAGAUGGAGAUGAACGCAGCUGUUGGUCGAGAAUCACCCGAAGUAGUCCUCAUUGAGAGUGACGAUGGGGAAGACGACGAAGAGGUGGAUGAAGAAAUGGACGACGAAGAAGGUGAAGAGAUGAUGGAAGAUGAAGACGAAGAGGCAGAUAAGGGAGAUGAAGAGGAAGAAGAGGAAGGAGAUGUGGAAGAAGAAGAGGAUGAGGAAGAAGACGAAAUCGAGGAAGAGGACUAUGACGAGGAUAUUGGCGACGACGACGACCUAGAAGAGGAAGCGGAGGAGGUGGCAGAGAGGAAAGCGCCAGCUGUAGUUGACGUUGUUGAGGUGAUUGAUGAGGAUGAGUGCGUAGAAGAAGAGGAGACACAGCCAACAGUCGAAGAUGAGGAGGAGGAGAAAGAGGAAGAGGUGGCAGGGCUGGAGGAGGAAGAGGGAACUUCGGGAGAAGUGCCAGGCGAGGCAGUAGAACAGGAGGUAGCAGGCAUUAUGGAGGACGCCUCUAAUUCACAGCAGGCCGAGGUUUCGAGAGAAAACGUGUCUGUAUCCCCAGCUAUUCGUGGACUCACUCCAACCAUAUCGUCGUCGUCACAGUUUGCCAGUCAGCAAGAAGAGCCUGCGACUAGUGGAAGGCUAUCAGCGUCUGAUCGUUCAGGGAGACUUCGCUCGCACUUAGCACCAUUCUCGUUCCCGCCAGGCCAGUCGGCACCAGGUCCGUUUGACGAGGCUGAUGACUGCACCGUACCGAGCACACCCACACUCUUUGUACCCAAACGCACCGACGGUUUUGCUGAAGCUAUAAGCUCGCCUCAUAUUCAUCGUCCGUUCAACUUCGCGCCGCCAAACGAAUCAGGCAUGCAAAGCCUUGGCCUAGAAUCUAGUAUAUCCGAGGGUGGUCUACGCGUAGAUGACACUCACGUGGACCUGAUGGAUGAGGAGGAGGACGAGAGCUCCAACAACAGAGCGCCCUUCAACGUCGUCGCCUCUUCAGGGCCGGAGGCUAUAUCCCAAACCGUUCCCGUGACUAGCCAACCCUCACAGUCCAACUCGCGGCAGCUCUCCUUAGAGAGUCUAGAGUCCGAAACGGACUUCGCCACCGACGUCACCUCCGCUGUGACGGACGUGCCAGCCAUCACCGUUACCCCGGCAACUACAGAGGAGACCGCCGAGCAGAAUGUGCCCGUGUCUCAAGAAUCGGCAGCGGCGCUUGAGCAGGAGGUUAUCGAGCUGACCGAGGGGGAUGACGGGAAUGGGGAUAAUGUCGACGAAGACAAGGAACGGAAACUUGAAGUUGAUCUUGAAGAAGAGGCAGAGCAACAAGAUACUCAGCCAGAACAGUCCACACCCGCAGAACAACCCACACCCGCCACUACAGACCCAAAAGCUAAGAGACCAGGUUCUUCCAUCGGGCAAACCAGCCGAGGAGGUGGACAGGCAGGAAGGGGAUCAACUUCUGGGCGAGCGCGAAGAAUCAAACGAUUCACACCCGGUCGUGGUAGUGCGAGAGGGCGCGGGGGUCUUCGCCGCGGGGGCACUGGGCCGGGACCAUCACAGUGAGAUGUAAUCAGCUAGUCCAUUAUUCUGAAUCGAGAAGAUUUCACUUUUAUUUUGUUUUUAUGUUUUUCCGAUCAACGCCUCUUCAAAUAAAGAAAAGUUCUUGUGUUUUUAUUUCUCGUCUCAUUUCUAUGUGUAUGAUUGGGUCAGUACGCAGCUCUUACAAGCUGCAAUUUGAUUGGGCGAAUGAACAAUAUCCGCACCUCGACACAAAGAAUAAGAAGAAUAGAAACUAAAGAACUCCUUUGUAGAACAAAGAUAAUAGGAGACAAAGCAGCUGCGUACUUACUCGGAUGAUUUUCUUAUUGCGGAAAUGACGUCAGACUGGAUACACUUAUUUACAUAAGUAAAUCAAUGCUCGACUGGUUAUGCUAAUUUGAAGCUUUUCGUCUACUUCUCGAACGACACUUGUUUGCUGUAAGACAAGAGUCCACUCGAUCGAAUUGCUUUCCGUAGGCACGCCAACUUUGACGACAAGAAACUCACCACACGUAAAACAGAGUGGAAAAAUGGCGAUGAACGCUCUAGAGGCUGGUACGGUCACAGCAUGUGUGCUAGCCCUAGUCCUUCUCCUGCUUUUUACCACUUACACGUGGUUGAAGUGGCGACGACGGGAGCUAAAGCUCAUGCGUUAUCCACAAGAAACUGCUUGUCCGACACAAAAUCCUUCAUUCCAGGCAGAAACUCAGGAUAUCGACGAUAAGCUGGCUCAUGAAAACUUACAAGCUAUGGGGCAUAUGACAGGGUCUAGAUCUCUUCUUAACAAAAACGCUGAGGAGGAAUUUUACCCCAAGCAUGUACAAACGACUCCACAGCUAUCCCAUACGCAGAUUUAUCACCCAAAGGAGUCCUCAAGAUCAUCUAAGAUGGACUUGUUCAACUCGGGCAGGCACUUUUCAAGGAGUGGAGAAAUAGCAAGCAAAGAAGAGGCGUAUUACCACAACAAAAACAUGGCAGGAAUGGAUAAUGAUGUCUUCUAUUCCGGCGAGACCAAACCCCGAUCAAAAAGUGAAGCGGUUUACACCAAUGGGACUUCAUCAAGCCGCUCGUCCGAUAAAGAACGCAAAGGGUCCCGGUCAUCUUCCCAAAGAAACCCUUACCUUCAGGAGGAAGACAGACGGGUGUCGACUUAUCUAUAGAACCAUACGAGGUUUGCUUAUAAUCAUGGUGCACCGCGCGCCGGGUUGUUGCUCACAAUUCAUUGUACUCAUACUCAAAAGCUCGCCAAUUUUAAAAGGAUGGCACGAAAACGAUUUAAAGAAUACGCCCCACGGUAAAGUGAUCAAUAAAACGCAAAUGCGCCCUGUGCAUAUUGGCGUCCAUAGAAGCCCAAAAGAGACGAUAAUAAAUUUCUCAUAGAUUGAUUUCUUUGUUCUACAAAAGUAAAUCUAUGAUUUUUAGUAGGUUUUAAACAAGAAAACACGUAUUUUUUUAAUACUGAAGCGGAAAUCAAGUUUAUCAACUGUAACGUUAUUUUGUGCUUUUAUUUAUCGAUUUUGUAAUAAACAUAGUGUACAAAGCCAAAA